AUGGAAUCGACCACAGAAAUUCUACACCAAUUUCUUUCGCUCGUCAACAUUCGUGUCAAACCCCUUUAUCCACAGUGGAAAAUCACAACCCGGAUUCUACUUACUGAAGUACGCGCCGCAAUCCAGACCAUGAAGGCAGCCACGGCUCUAGGACCGGACCAUAUUUCGGCCAAUCUCUUACGAGCUGAAGGCUGCCUACACGAGAUACUUGCGGCACACCUACCUUCAAAAGGAAAGGAUUCCCGACCAGUGGAGAAGUUCCCAAACAAUUCUGCUUCAUAA